CUUCUCCAAGCUUUGUAUUAAAACUUGUUUGUUUUUGACGGUGAAAAGAAGACGCUAGUUCUACUUGAGAGUUCAAGAUUCAUCUCACCGGAGUCACACCUCCAGGCUCAAAGCAUUUUGGGCUCGAAAAUUUGGAUUGAGCAAUACCAUACCAAGAAUAUUAAAAAAUGCAAAUGCAUCUGAGAACAAGAAUAAGAACGGAAAGAAGAAGCACAUAACUUUCGUCGAGCCUCACCGGCUACCUAGAGUAGGCUCAUGGGAAUCUCCUGUGCGGUCACCAAUAAACAUCAGCAGGGGCACACAAACUCCUACACAAUCGCCUCUGAGGACCAAACGAGAACCUUCUAGGGAACCUUCCAGGGAAUCUUCUAGGGAACCUUCUCCCGAACCGGGACCUUCGCAUCGGUAUCCCGAACCAAUAAAGAUCCGCUUAGAUAAAACCAAAUUUCGGAGAUACAUUUCGGCCGACCGUUUAACAUCUGAUGCUGCUACAUGCACGACCAUCGCUGACAGGAUAGCUAGCCAGAUCGCGAAGAACCCCCAAAAGCAUCUUCUUUUGGCAAGGCUUGCCUUAGCGGUUCCCAUAAAUUCUAAAACAGGCUUACCAUACGUACGCCCACGAAGUAAAUCUCUUGAGGCGUACAAAAACCACCCUAGCUAUUCGUCUCCACCCUCCCCGGCUCCUUUCGGACCAGGAGAGAGUCGUCACCCAUCAGUGACAUACGUUUUUAGGGAGACGUAUGAAUUUGAAGAUUUGUCUUCAGCGAGUGACGACGACAGUACCAUAGAUCUUGUAUCUAAGUUCAGAAAUCUUUUUACGAAUCAGAAAGAUUUUGAUAAUUUCCGCAACAGACUGUGCACGUCAGAGCCGUACAACAUAAAUUCGCUGACAGACUAUUCGUAUUACCAACAAGCAUUCAACAGCAACACUAUUAGAACAGGACAUACAAUGAAUCCUCUUGAAGAUCACGAACGAAAAGUUAUCAUAGAGUUUUGUCACCUGUUGGAGAAAUCGAAGCAGCUCUUCAAUGGCCUAAGGGAACUCCCACAAUAUGGUCAUAAGCAAUGGCAUUCAUAUUUUGGGCGGACAUUCGACGUUUACACAAAGCUAUGGAAAUUCCAACAACAGCACCGUCUAGUUCUCGACAACAAGUACGGCCUCAAGCGAUGGCAGAUCGGAGAAAUUGCCUCAAAAAUCGGGCAACUGUACUAUCACUUUUAUCUACGCACAAGCGAAACUGGAUACUUGAGCGAAGCAUUUUCAUUCUAUUCCGCAAUACGAGGCCGCAGUUACUACACGCAGGCGAGCAAAUCAGAUAAAUGCGAACUGAUGGUCAAGAAGCUCCGGUACUACGCAAGAUUCAUUGUUGUUUGCCUUCUCCUCAAGAAACUUGCUCUCGUACGAGAACUGAUAAAAGAACUUGAUAAACAAAUCAUAGAGUACGGAGCAACAUACGAUCCUGACGACCAGAUAGAGUGGACUGUCGUAAUGGAUGAAGUCAAGGCUUUUAUAGUCGCAGAAGCUGCGGUGACCGUUCUGCAUCCGGACAACUAUCCCAUCGUGCUCUCUCAUAGACUCAAUAUCAUGAGCGUCCCGCCUCCGGAGCGGCCAUCAGUUGCCACUCUAAAACUUCAAGAAGCCGUCAUUGUGGGCAGCGUGUCGCAGCAAGUUAAAUUCUCCGAAUUAACAAUGGAUAUGUACCGAAUCUUGCAAACCCUAGAAUGGGAACCCACUGGCGAAAUGCCUCAAGUGUACAACGAAUCGCCGCGUUAUCGCUACGCUUCAGCACCACUAAUUAAUAAAGGUUAUAACCACGACGGCAUUAUACGAAACGAGAACCCCCACAAGUAUCUAUUGUUCAAGCCAUCAGCAGCGCAGGUGUUGGUGUACUUAGCGAGCGGCUGCUACGACCUGCCUAACAACGGAGCGCUAUUGCUCUACAUUUCCGCAGACGCCCUCAUUGUGCCAGCUUCGAAGAUAACUGAAGACACUGGAUACGACGUCGGUGGUCUUAUGACCAAUGUCAAGAGCGACUUGCAUCGCGAACGAGAAAGAGAACGGGAUAGAGAGAGAGCACGAGAAAGAGGUCGUGAUCGGGAGCGGGAAAGGGACCGAGACCGAGAGAGGGACCGGGAGCGUGAUAGAGAUAGGGUUUGGGAACGUGAGAGAGAUCGUGAGCGGGAGCUUGAUUGCGAUCGCGAACGUGACCGGGAGCGUAACCGGGAGCGUAACCGAGAGCGAGAGCGUGACCGUGAGCGAGACCAAGAUCGGGAGCAAGACGGGGAGAGAGGCGAGCGUGACCGCGAAGAUGCAUCUCGUGAACCAAGACCGACACAAUCUCGGUCCAAAGACCCGCAAUGCAUUCACCCCGGGGACUUAUACCCUUUCACCCGGUGCCCUCUAUUCAUCAUCGUCGACUCGGAUAACUCGUACAUUUUUCAAAACAUACCGCGGCACUUCGCGCAGCCGCUCAUCGUGCUCAUGUCACCGUUGGAAGUUCCAAAUACGUUUCCACCGGAUUACAGGAAGGAGGGUAGUUUGUUCACACUGUUCCUGCACUCGCCGUUAUCAGCAUUCUGCUACUGCUGCGACAUUAAGACAGUGCCGCUGGUGCAGUGGGAACGCUCGCAGACCUACAUCGAAGCCUUCAACAUAGAAGCCGCGCAAGUCAUGUUGAGACAUCGCAUUGACACAGCAUUUAUAUCGUUCAUGUCGGACGACUUCUUGCGUCUACUGCUACUUCGCUUCAUGUUCUGCGCCGUGGCUCUACGCAUGCACCGCGGCUUCCGCUCCAGGAACCAAUUGCCCCGCUCUUCGCCCCCUCUGCCCGAUGACUUACUGGAGCACCCGACACUCGUGCACAUCGUCAUGGAUCUAGCUGUUCACCUGCAGGUUAGAAGCCACUUCCACGAUUCAUCUGGUCCUCCAACCAGCAACUAAAAUGAAAAAAAAAAACUUCUGAAAAUCAUUCCUUUAAUAUUAAUAGGUGUGUAGUUCAUUUUGCUGUUUGCAUGUUAUUUAAGAAUUUAAUAGGUAAUGUGUCUGUUGUGAAAGACAUGUCACAGGCAAAUGGUAUACGAGUAAGUAAUUACGUUGUUUACAAACGGCGUACAUAUGUAAAGUUUCAAGUUUUCUGGGGACAUAAUUACCAUGAGCGUCGAUGAACACCUUUGUGUUUCCGCUGCUAUUUUGCCCCUUUCUAUUGUGAACAAACAAAUUUACAAACUCAUAAUAGAUGCAUAA